UCAUUUUGUGGAACAUCUAGAGGGAAAGAAAUUAAAGGAUUUUUGAAGGCAAAAUGAAUUUCAUUGAAAAAUUCAAAUGAAAAAUUCAAAGGAAUAUCAUUAUUUCUUUAUGUUUUUGGUCUAAAGAGCAAUAUAGCAGAUGAAGUGCAGUUAGUUGACCUCAUAGGAAUUCUGUCAUUAUUUUUACUUAUAUGUGUAAUUUUUGGAGGUGGCCAGCAUACCUUAAAUGCUUACUGCUGAGGUAUACAAAGUUAGCAGGGAAAAAAGACCACAUAUGCCAGUUGGUCACAUGUGCAAGUGUCCGGAAGAAGAUGUGGAUCACCUAUUGUGCACCACAGGUAACAAACUAGCUAUGGUGGGGAAUGCUGGUUUUGAUCGAAGUAAUGUGAGUGAUGCCACUAUUGUUAGAGAUAUAUGAUGUUCAGUUCGGAUUUCAGAUGAAGACGAAGGAAAAGCAUAUGAUGAUGUAGCUCUCUUGGCUGUUAUGUGGAACGUUUUGAAAGAAAGAAAUAAGAGAGAGUUUUAAGAGGUGGAGUACAUAGUUUUGUAUAGAUGAAUGAUUGUUCUAAGUUUCUAAAGAACAUCUUCUGCACCAUUAUGUUUUAGAUGAGCAUAGAUGAGUGGGUGCUAUCCUAGUAUCCCUAGAGAACCACAUGUUUAGGUGCUUUACCUUUUGCAUACCAUUUGUACAUCGGAAAAUUUCAGUCACAUUAAUAGAACUGUUCCUUUUUCUUAUAACCAUGGUGAUUCGGGCCAGCUUGCGCACACACCUCGACUAUUUCCACGAGGCACCUGCUACCUCCCACCAGCACAGGUCUCGGGUUACUCUGCCCACCAAGACUUGGAUUAAAAAAGAAUAAAUCACCUAGUGUUUUUGCCCCCGUUGGGAUUUGAACCUAAGACCUUAUGGUUCUCAACCCACUUCAUUGACUACUAGGUCACACCCUUGGGUGCCUAAUAGAAUUAUUCCUUAGAGUUCCUUUCAAAAAAAAUAUAACUAUUUCUUAAAAGGAAAAGAUGGCUCAGAGACCAAAGUAGUUAUCGGUAAGCGGAAUCGACCUUCUUCAUAUUCAUGGAGAUCUCAUUGUGGCUGGUGGCUUUAAUCAUAACUGCUUUGAUUUGAGGAUUUUGGAAAAUUGUCCUUCUAGAUAAAUAAUGAGAAGAAAUCUAACAUAACAUGGUGGGUCAAGGAAGGAAGGCUUCUCUUCUCAAAUCCGCUCCCACCACCCCAUUACCAUUCCUAUGGAAAUAUGGAGUAUAGAAUGUCCUUAAGGUGUAUUCAUCACCAUCAUGUGCUGGCCUUAUUAUUUAGCAAUAAGUUUUCAUGUGCCUUAUUAGAUCUGUUACGGACAGACAAGCAUUUCAUGCUUAGAGUUUUUGGAUAAAUAAUUGUCAGGGAAUCCAUCACAAAGAUGUUGUAUUGGUCUGUGACUUACUCUGAUCUUUCUUCCUUGUAGACGGAACCCACAUUCUGGAGCCUAUGGGUGUGGAAGAGCAUUUAAGAUCAGGAAUUUCUACUCCAAAACAACCUGUGGCAAAUCCUGAUUCCCCUAUGAUUGAAGAGGGUAAUGACAGUAGCAGAAUAUAUAAUUCUGAUGAAAGAAGUGGAGACAAUUAUUCAAGUUUGGAUGGAAAAAGAACUGGCGUACUUUCUGAUCUCCAUGCUGGAAGAUGUUACAGUGCGGAAACAAUAACCCAUGAAACCCAGCCUUUUGGUCAAAAUGUAAGUGCUGAAUUCACUGAAGGAGGUCAUCAAGAAGUGUCGCAUGAUUUACAACAAGCAUCAUCGAGGUUGGAUGUUCAGGAGACUAGGAAAAGAAGUUUUCCCCCUGGUGCUGAUUCUAGUGGUGGAAAUGAAAUACCAGCAGAUAGAUGUGACUUUUAUUCUAGAGGUUGGUGCAUCAAUGGGAGCUCAUGCAGGUUCCUUCACGGAAAGGAUCCUGUAACUGGCCAUAGUAAGGAUGGUGGUUUAGAUGCUGCAAAGAUGAAAAGCAAACUCAUAAAUGGUGAAGGUUCAAAAGAUACCACUGAGAGACCAGCACGGGAUUGUCUCUCUGAUUUGGCAUCAGAUGAAGUUCGAUGUGGAGAAAAUCGAAGGUUGAAUAGUGACAAUGAUUUGCAUAUGCAUAAAGAUGAGGAUCGGUCAAACAUUCCGUUUAGAGACAUUGGAUCCAAAUCAUACUUGGCUGGGUAUGGCAGCUCUUCAUCACCAUUACUGAAAGAUGAUUCUCUUAGUAAAGAUAGCUAUUGUAGUGGAAUGCUUCCAAGUAGCUCAGUACUGUCAUCGUACAAGUAUCAGAACACUGAAGUACCCUCUUAUGCCUCAAAUUUGGAUAACACGAGUUAUAAGAGGACCCAGCUUAUGCUCGACUAUCAUCAUUUGCCAUUCUUGAAUCGCUCUGUGGAUAGGUGGCCUUCUUAUCUUACUUCUUCCUCUUCAAACCUAGAUCCCAUUGGUGAUCAGAAGCUUUUAGACCCUAGCCGGUCUAGGUCAAUCUCUCUGCAUAACAAGUCUUCAGUACUUCCUGGUUGUGGAACUGAACCUUUUUCUUGGACUGGUUUAUCAGGGGACAUGGAACACUCAUGCGGUUAUAAGACCAAGGUGUACUUUAAUGACUGGGAGCCUUCUGCGCCUUUUCGGCCAUCAACCUUUCUUAGUCAAAUUAUUCCCCCUCCAGAAAGUCUUUAUGAUCCGAUUUGUGAUAGCAUCGAGCAAACCAGCACAGCCGAGAAAGAUUUGUCUGCUAGUGAAAGAAAAACGGCUGAUAGAGCUGUGGCCCAUCAAGAAAAUGUGAAUCCCUCUUCAAAAGAAGAAAAGCACUCAAGAUUAGUUAAUCCCGGAGGCCAAAAAAGGAAACAACCAGAAGUUGAGAAGCUCCGACCCAACUGUGAAAUUGAUACCGACUUUAGGAGAGAUGGAUCUGUGAACUAUGAGUCAGGAGUUAUGAAGCAUUUUCGUGCUGCUCUUGUUGAUUUCGUUAAAGAAUUGCUUAAGCCAACUUGGCAUGAAGGUCGCUUGAUGAAGGAUGCAUACAAGAUGAUUGUUAAGAAAGCAGUAGAUAAGAUCAUUAACUCAUUGACACCCGAUCAAAUUCCUGAUACGACUGAAUCCAUCAAUCAGUAUCUAUCUGUAUCUAAGUCAAAAGUAGCUAAGCUCAUUGAGGGGUAUGUGGAGAAAUAUGGAUUAGAGGAAGUAGAUUCUCAUCUUUCAUCACUUGUCUUUGAAAAUGGAGCAAUCCUAAUUCCACAAUACGCUCGCAGGAGCAACAGAGACUUCUGGAGCAUCAUUAUUUUGAAGGGAUUGCCGGAGAUAGACAGAAAGCCGAAGACUACUGUUAUACCUGCCGUGGAAGUUGAGCCUCCAGGAUGCUCAUUCAAUCCGCCAUUGGAAAGUCAUCAGGAUGCAUUAGCUUGUGCUGUUGCAGAUGAAAUGCAGAAAAUUUAUAGAAAUGAAUUGGGGCCGGAGCCUAUUCCAUUGGUUGUUCCUGGAGAAGCAGUUAAUGAAGAUGAUGGAAGUUUAAGCUGUUACUGUCUUAUGUAUUUCCUUGAAGCGGAAAUUGGGAGUGACGUGGAGAAUGAAAAUCUACUGGAAGACGAAAACACAGAUCUGGAGAAAAGAUCGCGAAAUCCCAAAAUGCUGUCACAAGUUGAUAAGAAUCGACGGGCUAGGCGCAAAGAAUAAUUGAAAGCAGAAAUUGAAGCCACAAAAGCAAAGCAGCUCUCCAAAGAGAUUGACAGCUUACCGGAUAUAAUUCAAGAAAUGGAGAAAGAGGAAGAAGAAAAACAGAAAAGACAUCUGUGUCGUGUUACUGCUAAGAAAGAAAAACUAAAAUCUUGUCCACCACGUUUGGGGAAGCGCAAGUUCGAGCCUGCUCCUGUUCAGGUCUUACUGUCUGAAGAGAUUACUGGUUCCCUCCGUAAACUGAAGGGGUGUUGCACCCUUGCAAGAGAUUGGUUUAAAAGCCUGGAGAAAAGGGGACUAGUUGUUCCUUCAAAAAAGAGUAGCAGGUUAGUAAAGCUUGCUUAGUUAAUUGCGGGAUUACAUGGAUAAAAUGUUUUCAUCACUGUCCUCUGAUAUCACCCUGUGACCUUGGAUGAGAGAUGCUCUAGACAUGCAACUUGAUAAGAUUGGGGGCACAUAACAUCAGCA